GUAGUCUUUUUCAUGCUCACAACGCUGGGCUGCAGCCAGUUUUUCUGCCUCAAAUCAGGAAGUGAAAACAGAAAAAAAAAAAAAAGCCACGCAGAGAUCUUUUGAGCUGCUCUGGAAAACAUUAGUACAGGCUGGGCACUUGGACUUGUUUCUUAUCAGAUAUAUGUUUCUGACAUGGAUUGAGAAUCGGUUAAUACUGGGAUUCUAAAGGAAAAAGAGAAAGUGAAAGCUUGGAGGCAAAGCCCAGUGUGGGAGAGAACCCCAAAUACAAUGGCUCAAGUGUCUCUUUGGAGUUAUGUGUCCAGAAUUGGCCCUGAAAAGUUUGAAAAUGUCUACCAGGAUUUUCCAGUAGAAGUUCGGAGCCUCUUGGGUGAUUACUUGGAGAACCAACCCUGGGAUUACGUUACUGGAUCAGAUUUAUUCAGCUUGGAGUUGGCAAAUACUUUGAAACAGAGUUUAUUGGAGGAAAUUACGAAGAUCUCCAGAAAUACUGCAGUUCAUCUGAUUCAUCAGAAGAUAUUAAACCAGGAUCCAGUGCAGACAGUGCUGCAGAUUAAACAUCUUUUGGAAAAUGAAAAGGCGGUGGUCUUGAAACAGAUUCCACGGUUAAGUGUGAGCCUCGUCCAGAGAAAGGAGGAAAUGCUGUUUAAUGUUCAGAUAAUGAAGCUAAAGCAUAAGCUACAGCAAAUUACAGUGUUUCAACAACAGUUAAGGCGUGCAAAGGAGAACAUGGGCUUUCACAAUCAAAUGCAUGACGUGCAAUGGGAAGUGCUUGUAAAAGAAUACUUCCAAAUUUUGGAGAGUGCUCAAACUCAGGCCCUUAAAAGGAUCAGUAUCUGGAAAAGACAGCAACAGCUUGCAGGGAAUGGCGCCCCAUUUGAUGAGAAUCUGAUUCCCCUGCAGGAAAGAAUGGAAAAAAUAUUUGCAAUGUAUCAAGAUAUUGAUCGAGCACUGAAGGACUUUAGUUUAUUGGGGGAGGAGGUGCCACCAGGGCUUCAUGAAAACAUGAACUCUUCCCUUCGGACUCUCAUUACAAGUUCCCUCUUGGUUGACAAGCAGCCCCCACAAGUGCUAAAGACACAGUCAAAGUUCCAAGCCAGUGUAAACUUCUUGCUUGGAUCUCGACUACUCAGUGGUACUCCCAAAAUGCCUGUAGUGAGGGCAACUAUCAUAACAGAAAAAAAAGCACAGGAGCUCUAUCUGACAGCUGCCAGUGAGACCUGGAACGAUGGCGCUGGUGAGAUUGAGAAUGGAAAAUCUAUCCUGGAGAUUGCGCCAAACUCCAAAACGUGUGGUGCUGUUUUCAAAAAUAUGUUGCUGAAGAAGAUAAAACGGUGUGAGAGAAAGGGUUCCGAAUCAGUAACGGAAGAGAAAUGUGCUGUGCUUUUUAUAGCUGAAUUCAACCCGAGCUCCAUAAACACAACUUUCCACAUACAAGCCUUAUCCCUACCUGUCGUGGUUAUUGUUCAUGGGAAUCAGGACAACAAUGCUAAAGCCACUGUUAUGUGGGACAAUGCUUUCUCAGAGGUGGAUCGUCGUCCCUUCUUUGUAGAGGAAAAGGUGCCCUGGUCUAAGAUGUGCCAGACCCUUAAUAUGAAGUUUAUGUCUGAAGUGGGGACAAGGCAAGAGCUGCAAGCAGACCACUUUGUGUUUCUUGCCCAAAAGAUCUUCAAUGACAACAGCUUAAAUGAUGACCAAGACCGCAUUGUUUCAUGGUCUCAGUUUAAUAAGGAACCUAUUCGGGAAAGGAACUUUACAUUUUGGCAGUGGUUUGAUGGUGUUGUGGAUCUCACCAAAAAGUGUUUGAAAGAUUAUUGGUCUGACAGGUUGAUUAUGGGCUUUAUCAGCAAACAGUAUGUUCACAAUAUACUAAGUACUCAGCCUGAUGGAACCUUCCUCCUGCGUUUCAGCGAUUCAGAGAUUGGUGGCAUCACCAUAGCACAUAUUUUGAGGAGAGAAGAUGGCUCUGCACAGAUCCAGAAUAUCCAACCGUUUACUGCUAAAGAUCUGAAUAUCCUUUCUCUUGGUGACCGUGUUAGAGAUCUGAAACAGCUAAAAUAUUUGUACAGUAACAAAUGCAAAGAUGACGUCUUUGGAAGACACUACUCAAAAAACACUUCAAAAACACCAGACGGAUACACCCCAACAUUGAUAACGUUAAAGGUUGCCAGCGGGGAGACAACCAACCCAACUAACCCGACAAUCAGUAACGAACUAAUAUGGGCGGGUAAUGGAGUUGGAGCACCAUCUCUGCCACCACCGCCAAGAUGCGUACAGUCACCAUUCUUUCAUCAGCCAGUUGAAGGCCAUGUUAUUCCACAAGACUUUUCGUUAACAUCAACAGCACCCAUGAAUAUUAACCAGCUGCCUUAUCCUGAGGGGUGUGAUCCAGGAUUGUCAUGGACUGGACAGACCUUCAUUUCUCCAGGGCAAAUCAUGCCACAACAAACCUUUUCCCAGCGAGAACAUUUUCACAAUAUACCGGUAAACACAAACGAUAUCAACAUGAUGGACGAACUGCAAACCAUCGAGGACGCCUUAAGAGAAGAUUUCAGUUCAUCUCAUGUGCUGGACCCACUGAGCAUGAUACACAAUACAGAUACAAGCUGGAUGGAGUGAAUGCAAGUAGCCGGACUCGCUGCAAUUUUGUCUCUCCCCAUAUACAUAAACAUUUUGGGGCAAAUUUACUAAAGGUCGAACUGGCCGUCGCUAGCGAAAAUUCGCCAGAAAUCUAAUCUGCAGGGACAUCGCCAAUGUACUAACAGGCAUAGAGGACAAUUCGCCAGCGAAUGAAGUCAUCACUAAUGAAGUUUCGCGCAAUUUCACCUGGCCAAUUUUUACGUAUGAACGUUACUCCACAAAUUCACUAGUGCGAAUUUUCAAUUACUUUACCCCUCUCUCCAGAGUUUCCUUCUCCAGCUUAAACCUGGCAAACUGAUAAGAUCCUCAUCCUACAUCCUCCUCAAUCUUAUGGCAGGGACAUUAUAUCCUGUAUGCUGAAAAGUUAUAAAAAUGGAAGUGGGAUUGUCUUUAAAAGUUGUAACUGUUUUUUUUAACCAUUUGAAGGCUCAUAUCUAUGACAUUAGAGAAUCCCUUAUGACUUUAUUUUGCUUCCUUGGACAUUUUUAAAAAUAAGUGGCCACUUCCAGCAUUUGCACCAACAUCACUAAUAAAGACAUAUAUACGACCUAUAUGUACCUGCCCUAUUCAAAUUGACCUAAGCGUAAGUAUAUUAACAAGUUUUACUAGGCAGAAAUGAAUGUUAGGGAAAGUUCAUUAUGAAAUCCUCGCGCUGACGAAUGUACGCUAGAGAAACUUCACCAGCAUUCAGCUGCCGAGACGCAACUUCGCAUUUAAGUGAAUUAGCGUAGUGGUAGCAAAUUUGCGCCUGACGAAGUUACGUGAAGUGUUGCGAAGCCUUCCAAGGUGAAAAUUCGCCCUUUAGUGAAUUUGCCCCUUUGUCUCUCCCCAUAUACAAAUAAGCUCUGUCUGUAUUAAUAGGCAAUGCCAUCCGUGAAACUUAUUUUCUAGGUGCAAGCCAACAGAUCCCAACUGCUUACAAUAUAUGGCUCCUCUUUGUAUCACUUUCCUCUUUCGAUAAAGAUGAUAUUUAGCAUUAUGGCAAAGAAAAGCCAGCGGGGAAGAGGUUAGUUUUAGGAAUGAAGGAAUAUGAAUUCAAACCCACGUGAAUCAGCCUACAUCUUGAUCUGCAGCUUUCUGGCACAGACUAGUCUUGGCUUUACAGCAUCUGGUGUUCUGCGUGGGCAGCACUAAACAGGGUGGUUUGCAGGUCUGACCUUUCCUGUGUGUGUGUAGGCAGAACUCCCAAACACUGAAUUCCUUCAGCAGACAACUAGGGGCUGGGGGUUUCUCACUGCCUGCAUUUGUGCAGUUUAAUAUCAUUUAAUAUUUUUUUUUAUAUUUCAUAUGCACCUAAAGACUUUCCUAUUGCUAAAUUGACCCAAAUCAAUCAAUUACAAUAUCUUUAUUACUGGAAUAUCUAUCUCCAGGCCAAUCAGAACCAAUGCUUUAUGCAGGAAUUUGGCCUCAAUGCAUCAUGUUCCAAGAUUGAUUUUCUGUACUCCCAACUCUACCACUGCUAAGCCAAAAAGAAUAAAGAGAAGGAGGAGCACUGAGACACCCCCCUGGCUUUCAAUCCUACUUUUAUUUACAAUCAGAGUCCUGGAAAAAAUCAAGAUGACAGGACAAAACUGUGAUGGAUUGGACAUCCCUGUACAUCAUGAAACAGAGCUGCAAGUUUAUAUUGGGAAGAUUAAUUUGCUCUUUGAUCCUGGAGAAAGCAAACUCAUUGGCCGCUACUGUCUGGCAUAGCACCAUUUCCAUUAUCAUUAAUCCAACAUAACUCAGCUAAGGAAAUAUAUAAGGAACUGCUUCUGAGAACAGCCUAUUAAAAAGCAAAGUAGUAGCAAGGAGAGGAAGUAUUCGCUUGGGGUAUAUUAAGAUUAAAAAGACUGCACAUGAGAAGGGGAAACCACAGAAAUUUAUAUUACUUUUACAUUCAAUAUUAUUGUAUCUUUAUUAUGAGAGCAGAUAUAUUGUAAAAGUGAAACAUGUAUAUCACAGUCAGUUAUUAAAUCUUGUAUUAUUUGC